AUGAAACGAAUGAUUACUUGUGCUGCGGAUUAUGUUUAUAAACCUUCAGAGCUCCGUCCACAAAUGAAAGAGAUAGUUCGAACUCUUAAAGAAUAUAUUUCUCCUAUAGAUAUGGAUGUUGACAACAAUUUUCUUCUCUGUACAUGUAUUGGGCCGAUCCGAUAUAGUUAUACACAACUAUCUACGGCAACUGGUAAUUUCUCCAACAAUUACAGUCUUGGCCAAGGUAGUUUUGGUCAAGUCUAUAAGGGAUGCCUAGAUGGUGGAAUCUGUGCCAUUAAGAAACUCUUUUAUCCUAAGGGAUUUGAGGAUGGGAUUAAGUUCCUUAGCUGUGUUCGUCACCAACAUCUAGUUACAAUGGUUGGUUACUGCAUUGAAAAAGCCAAUGCACUGAUUGUAUUGGAGUAUCUUCCCAAUAAGUCCUUAAGGUCUCAUUUACAUGAAAGCAAUAGUUUGGAUUGGCUAAAAAGAAUGAAAAUCGUGAUAGGCUCUGCCAAAAGAUUAGAAUAUCUUCAUGAACAUUGUAAUCUUAAAAUUAUACAUCAAAAUAUCAAAUCGGACAAUAUUCUUCUGAAUAACAACUUUGAACUGAAAGUUGCAGAUUUUGGACUUUCCUUGUUCCUUCCAGACACUACUUUCGCAGUUCUCCGUAUUAACGAUUAG